CUAAAGUCCAAGCACACCCGCGCUCCUAUUCCUAAUCAACUCUCUACCCCUCUAAGCUUCUUAAGAUGCCUCAAGAAGCUUCGAAGAUCGCGGACCCCGAUGCGACCGCCGAAGCCGCUGCCGAAGCCGUCGCCGAGUCGAGUAAACAGAACGAUGCACACGAGUCCGGAGACGAGAGCGGCGAAGAGGCCACGGCGGUGGUAGAAGGCGGGGAGGGCGCUACACAGAAAAAGAAGAAGAGCCGGAAGCGCAAGCUCAAGGAAGCUAUCGCGGGCAAGGGAAAGGAGCCAAUUACGUCUGCGGAAUCGCCAGCAGGACAACACUUGAGCAAGGACCAAAUGAACGUGCUGCUGGAGUCCAACCCGGCCCUGAAGAAUGAGCUGCUGGCGAAGUCAAAGGGCAAGGCCAGCAUGGAGGAAAUGAUGCGGAAGCUCAGUGUCAACGAGAUGUUGACGGGACUCGCGCCGCAGGGGAAGAACGUGAAGGAUAUGGCAAGCCAUGCUUUCUGGAAGACGCAGCCGGUUCCGAGCUUUGAUGAGAUGGCCGCGGGCAAGGAGAAGAUUGUGGAUGGGCCAAUAAAGGAAAUUGACAUCGAGAAGGUGGAUAAGCAGCCAAGCCCAUUGUAUCCUGGCUUCGAGUGGGUGACGAUGGACCUUGAGGACGAGAAGCAGCUGGAUGAGGUGUAUGACCUCCUCACGAACCACUAUGUCGAGGACCAAGAGGCGAUGUUCCGCUUUCGGUAUUCACCGUCUUUCUUGAACUGGGCACUCAAAGCACCCGGCUGGAAGAAGGACUGGCACGUCGGUGUCCGCGCCUCACAAUCUGGAAAACUGGUCGCCUUCAUAUCCGGUAUCCCAAUACAGCUGCGGGUGCGAAAGAACGUCCUCAAUUGCUCGGAGGUCAACUUCCUCUGCGUCCACAAGAAGCUACGGUCAAAACGUCUCGCGCCCGUCCUCAUCAAGGAGAUCACCCGUCGCUGCUAUGUCCACGGUGUCUUCCAAGCUGUAUAUACGGUCGGCACCCUCCUUCCCACGCCCGUCUCAACGUGUCGAUACUUCCACCGAGCUAUCGAGUGGGAGAAGCUGUACGAUGUCGGCUUCUCCCCGCUCCCACAUGGUAGCACCAAGCAGCGCCAAAUCAUACGUUACAAGCUUCCGGAAGAGACGUUCACCCCAGGUCUAAGGGAAAUGAAGGCCGAGGAUGUCGAUACAGUCCUUGAUCUGCUCAAGCGCUAUCUGGAGCGCAUGGACAUGGCGCAGGUCUUCUCCAAGACAGACUUCGAGCACUGGAUGUUCCCGGCCGAGAAGCCAAAGGAGCAAGUGGUGUGGAGCUAUGUUGUGGAGGACCCCGCCAGCAAGAAGAUCACCGACUUCUUCUCCUUCUACAGCCUGGAGAGCACCGUCAUUGGACACAAGAAGCACGACCUCAUCAAGGCUGCCUAUCUGUUCUACUAUGCGACGGAGACGGCUUUCAGCCAGGAAAAGAGCUUGCUGAAGCCGAGGCUGAAUCUGCUAAUCAAGGAUGCGUUGAUUUUGGCGAAGAUGGCCAAAUUCGACGUCUUUAAUUCUCUCACCCUUCUCGACAACCCUCUCUUCCUGGAAGAACAGCGAUUUGGUGCUGGCGAUGGCUCUCUGCACUACUACCUCUACAACUACCGCGCUGCGCCGCUUCCCGGUGGCGUCGAUCCACGGAACCAGUCAAGCGCCAAAUACAUGGGCGGCGUGGGACUAGUGAUGCUGUAGAUUUGGAGAUCAAACUGCUGCAUACAUGGACGCCCAUGAACGCAGCAUCUCUAGCACCCGGAUAAUUGCCAUAGCAGAGCUUUCCUGUCCAGCGUAGCUGGCAUUGGAAGGGAGCAAAGGUCCAUAGAAAUUCAAGCAUUAACUGCGACAAAAUAUGCUAGAAGACAACCAUGGAGAUAGC